UAUACGACCGCUUGCAAAGCAAAACAAUCGUCGAACACGACGUAUGCCUCUAUCAUAACACCUAUUCUUGGCUCAACACAAAUCUAACACAUUGCUGAUUAUAAACAACAUCUACCCGAGAGUUUGAUCUGAAACCAUAUAGGUUCCAAAGCCGAGAUCUAGCUUUAUUCAGAUAUGUUAAACCCGGAAACAUCCGAAUCAGCUCCAAUUCAGGGAAAUCCUAUCCCAAGGGAGAUGGGGAGAAGAAAGUACACCUAUCACCCGGUGAUCUUCGUCCUCACUUUCUUCAGCUAUGCCUUCUUCCACAUGUCCCGGAAAACAUUCAGCAAUGUGAAGACCACGAUCUCUGAAGAGUGGACACCGAGCUUCCACAAUGCCACCGUCUGUGAAACAAAACCUGACUCUAUCUGGAACACAAGGAACAUGUUUUCCUCCCCCUCUGCUGUGGAGCCGUACCUAGGAAUACUGGACGCUUCCUUCAUGAUCUCCUAUGCAGUGGGUUUAUUCAUCAGUGGGAUUGUUGGAGACAGGCUGAACAUGAGGUACGUCCUGACGUUCGGGAUGUGUUCAACAGCAGUGAUGGUGUUCUUGUUUGGGUGUGUUCUGGAGUGGGUCCACCUCUACAACAAGUACCUCUACGUCUUCCUGUGGAUCAUCAACGGCCUGCUGCAGUCAACUGGCUGGCCCACUGUUGUGGCCGUCAUGGGCAACUGGUUCGGAAAAUCUAGUCGAGGGCUGGUCUUCGGGCUGUGGAGUGCCUGUGCAUCUGUGGGCAACAUUCUAGGAGCUCUUAUGGUGUCUGCAGUGUUAGACUAUGGUUAUCAGUACGCCUUCCUCUUCACGUCAGCCAUGUUGUUUGCUGGAGGGAUCAUCAACUUCUUCGGGCUGGUCACAAGUCCCAGAGAGUUAGGCCUCCAAGCAGCAGACGAGGAUGCCAAGGGAUCCACUGCAGCGGGUGACCGAGGUAGAUAUAGAGACACAUCAUUCACCUCCCUCACCCCACCCCUGACCGACGCCAUGCUUGAUGAGGAAGCUCUGUUGACUGUCCAAGAGGAAAGUGACGAUGAUGGCCAACCAACUGUGGAAGUGUCUGGUGGCCCCCGACCUGCCAUCAACUUCUGUACAGCCCUCCUCCUGCCUGGGGUCAUACUGUACUCCCUUGCCUACGCCUUCCUGAAGUUGGUCAACUACUCCUUCUUCUUCUGGCUGCCGUACUACCUCUCCAACGCCUACCAUUGGAAGGAGACGGUGGCGGACUCCAUAUCCAUCUGGUACGAUGUCGGCGGCAUCGUAGGGGGAACUAUAGGAGGUUUUAUAUCUGACAGGUUUGAGAGGAGAGCGAUAGUUGUCAUCCCGAUGCUGGGGCUUGCCAUUCCAUCACUGUUUAUAUAUGGCAAUUCUCCUGCUAAUUUGACAAUCAACUCAUUCCUGAUGUCAGUGGCUGGGUUCUUCAUUGGCGGAGUUGCCAACCUCGUCAGCGCUGCUGUAGCUGCAGAUCUAGGCAACCAGGGCCCUAUACAAGGCAACACUGAGGCCCUGGCGACCGUCACCGGCAUCAUAGAUGGAACAGGAAGUGUCGGGGCGGCCAUUGGACAGAUCCUGGUUCCGGUGAUACAGAGAGCUCUUGGCUGGCGAGCUGUUUUCUACCUCUUCAUGAUUUGUACGUUCCUGACGGGGGUGUGCAUCUUCCCGUUGUUUGUACGAGAACUGAAGGACAUCUGCAGCAACUAUCAAUACUCCUGGCACCGUGGACUACGUCGACGUCGACGUAGUUCCCAGGAGGAUCAAGCUGUGUGGGAGUGAGGAAGACGAUGACUUGACGUGUGUUGACGCAUCCUGUUAUAUAUCAACCCUUCCACCCAUUGGCCAGCAUCGAUGUAUUUGCUGUGAAACCGAAUCUAGAAUUAAUAUUAUUUUAUAUACUGUAAAUCUUGAAAUUAACGCGAGCGUGAAUUAUAUUGCCAAAAUGCGAGUGGUUUUUGUUCGCGCUAAUGAAACUUCGCAUUUAUGUCUCCAAAAUGACUAUCAACAAUAACAGAAAUAGUGGAAAUUCCAACUUGAAUAUUAACACAAACAUUGAGCAGUUGUAACAAGUAUAUAUCAAAGUCUUUCAAGGAAUAGGAAUUACACAAUAGGUAUUGCUUCCACAAUAACACAAUAGGCAUUGCUUCCAAAAUUUCACAAUAGGCAUUGCUUCCAGAGUUUCACAAUAGGCAUUGCUUCCAGAGUUUCACAAUAGGCAUUGCUUCCAGAGUUUCACAAUAGGCAUUGCUUCCAGAAUUUCACAAUAGGAAUUGCUUCCAGAAUUACACAAUAGGCAUUGCUUCCAGAAUUACACAAUAGGCAUUGCUUCCAGAAUUUCACAAUAGGCAUUGCUUCCAGAAUUUCACAAUAGGCAAUGCUUCCAGAAUUACACAAUAGGCAUUGCUUCCAGAAUUUUAUUGCCUUUGAACUUCCUCAAUGCCAGUCAACAGAUUAAACAUAUAAACUGUGUAUUGUAUUUAGGAAAACACUGUUUAUUGUUUUUACGGAAGUGCUCAACUCAGCGCUAAUAAGGGGUCCUAUUUGCUGUUUCAUUGUAUUAAGGUAAGGUUGGAUUAAAGUAAGGAUUAUGUAUCAUUCCACUGGGGAUGGGGUGGGUCUCUUCUAACUAGAGGUCAGCCGUCGUAAUAAUUUGGAGACGCAUUAAUUUCAAGAUUUACAGUACAUAUGUAUCAAUUUGAUAAUGUACUUUUCAGUUCUGUCUUUUGACUUUUCUCUUGUGAAAGUUCUGAAUCAGUGCCGUUGAUGACAUGGGCCAUGCUUCUUAAUGGGCAACGCUCCUCCGGCCUAAUAGUUCAUGCGUUGUAAUUGCAAGUCUCUCAAUUCGUAGAGCAUUUAAGUUGUUGAAAAAGGUGAAUAAGGCUUUGUUCAGUAUGCAGGUAUUGCAGUCUGUGCAGGACGCAGCAAGUGCAGUAUUUCAGUGUCAUCUAUGUUGCAGGUGAUUAUCACGACUCUAUGAGCCUGAAGCUUUUCUUGAAUCACAAUGUUUUACUAAGCUGAGGAGAAUAGGCUGAGGAGAAUAGGCUGAGGAGAAUAGGCUAUUGAACUUGACAAGCCAAGGGCCAGUUUUCUUUUCUCCACUCCAGAGUCUAGAUUUCUGUGAAAAUGUUCAAAAUUUAUUUAUUAUCACAUAGAAUUUAGCAUGACAAAUACAGCAUUACCAUCACACACAGUAUUGCUUCAUAUUGAAGAUUAAGUGGACAAAGUUUUAGGUCAAUAUUUAUUGCCUUGCCUCAAAACCAAAACUUUCCAGUCAAUAAAUGUUUGAUGAUUAGAAACAUAAGUAAAGGUUUUAUAGCAAGGUAGUGUUAUUGUGAGGAAGUGAUAUGGCAAGGAAGUGUUAUAGCAAGGAAGUGGUAUAGCAAGGACGUGUUAUAGCAAGGACGUGUUAUAGCAAGGAAGUGUUAUUGUGAGGAAGUGUUAUAGCAAGGAAGUGUUAUAGCAAGGAAGAGUUAUAGCAAGGACGUGUUAUAGCAAGGAAGUGGUAUAGCAAGGACGUGUUAUAGCAAGGAAGUGGUAUAGCAAGGAAGAGUUAUAGCAAGGACGUGUUAUAGCAAGGAAGUGUUAUAGCAAGGAAGAGUUAUAGCAAGGAAGAGUUAUAGCAAGGUAGUGUUAUUGUGAGGAAGAGACAUGGUGAGAAAGUGUUAUAGCAAGGAAGAGACAUGGUGAGAAAGUGUUAUAGCAAGGAAGAGACAUGGGGAGAAAGUGUUAUAGCAAGGAAGAGACAUGGGGAGAAAGUCUUAUAGCAAGGAAGAGACAUGAUAUGGGGAGAAAGUCUUAUAGCAAGGAAGAGACAUGGGGAGAAAGUCUUAUA